CCCUGGGUCAGUAGUAUAUAUACUGGUGAUGACCUCUUUGUGAGUCUCAUCUCCUGCAGACACACGCUCACACCCUCACAUCACUCCCCAGUCCUCAGGAAGUGUUAAGAACUUAUCUCCAAGCAUCAUCCCGGUGCGUCUGAUAUGCGCCUCACAUGCUUCCUGGGUACGCGCUUGCGUGUAGCGUGCGUUCUGGGAGUGCUGAUGGGACUCAUAGGUGUAGAUGAUGGAUAUGUGCUGCCAUGGGGUAAACAAACUGUGGGCAACGGUCCUGUAAUCUUGGCUGGUCUCUGGAGUCUCAAGGGUAUUGCACUUAUUGGGUACAAGCUCCUGCAAGACUAUCGUAUAGAAAAGGGGCAGGCGACCUAUUUCUACCACCCGUACAGGCGGCGCCACGACCGAGCUCUCCUGACGGGGCUGCAGGAGGUGGAGGAGGCGCAGAAGAUGCUGGUGUCAGCAGUCAUAGACAUGGACACUGAGGGCUGUGUACUGAAGCUCUUGUGUCACCUACACAACAACCAGACAGAUACACUUUCCGCAGAGGAGAAUGUACUCCUCCAGCUUUUCUCCAACAAUGCGGAGACGCUGGACUCCUACAACACCACCAUCUUCCUCGAGGACGCGGGGGUCCCAGGACACCCUACGUGCAACAAAGCGUUUCCCAGGUGUCCUUGGGGGGAGGAGGAACUUAGAAAUGUUUUGCAGCAAACUUGGGGCUGCGGGAGCUUUCCUUUUUAAAUUAUGUAGCAAAUCGGGAUGUAACUACUUCUUGUGUAAAAGCUAGUUACUGUUGAAUAAUUGUGUAAUGUAGUAUGACUCGUCUCUGCCCAUAAAGCAGUGUUCUUGGUUCGUCAUUUCUUACAUUAUACUCCUCUAUGUUUAUUCCUUAAUUUAUUAAUCUCUCCUCUUGUACAUAAUUUUAAAUCUGCCUCAGAGAUUGUAUCAAUGAAUUUGUAAUACACAAACCACAAUUUUAUAAUAUUUCUCAGGUUUCUUGAUAAGAUGAAUAUGUGAGACCU